UAUCAUCGGACUUCCUCCCACAUACGCCCAUGCACAAACACCAAGGGGCUGUGCGCGCAAUAAGAUGAGAAGUUUCUCUCAGAAAUCUCCACAGCAUGCGCACUUCUACUUAGGAAACCUUUAAACGGUAUUACAAAUAUUGACGGCGAGUUUAAGCGCAACAUCAUGGGGAGAGUGAACGUCUGUUUGAAGCGAAGUUACAUUAUAGUGUCAAGUUUGAUCGCGGUUGGCAGUGCUUUGCUGUUGGGAGCUGCUCUGUUCAACCACGGAUACUACUACCAAAAUGAAGAGAUGGAAGAUUCGGCUCUUACAGGCAUUCAUGCCAUGUAUAUUAUUUCCACCAUAAUUCUGGCCUUGACCAUCAUUGGUGUGUAUGGUGCCUGCAAAGAGAAGAAGUGGGCGCUUAUAGCGUUUGCAGUUGGAAUGAUCCUGGGCAGUCUGUUCAUGAUUUUCAUAGAAAUUGGUGGACUGGCUGUGCGACCAGAGAUGGCUGAAGGACUAAAGAAGCAUUACCUACAUAUGCUGCCCCUGAAUAAUGCUAGUGAGAGCUUUAUAGACAACAUGAAUGACAUACAGAUGCAUUUGCAGUGUUGUGGACUGGAUCAGGGCUACCUGGAUUGGGGCUACCAAAUCCCAGAAUCCUGCCUAUGUAAUGAAGAGUCCACUAAUCCAUGUGUGGCAGCUCCUAGAGACAGCGGUCUGUUUGAGCACAUGGUCAAUGAUCAGCCCAUCAUGAUUUAUAAUGAGCCAUGCAUUCCAUUCUUGAUUGCACAUGAGAUAAAGAACCUACAUACUGCAUGUGGCAUAUUUCUGGGAAUCACAUUAUUCUGGAUUUUGUCAGUGGUGUUGUGCAUCUUCAUCUUAUGUCAGUUGAGUAAGAAGGAAGAUAUCCCUGUAGUGGUCUACAGUCCAGAGGCUAAAGCAGGCAACUACACCACUCUAACAGACGCUGCAGAGUACACCUGAUUGGGAUUGGUACAAUACAUAAUGUUUUUAUGAUGUUUGAAUAUAUCAGAAGUUACCUCCAACAACUGAAGUUGCAUAUUUUGUUUCUUAAAUGUAUUUGUUUGGGUAGUAUGUAUUGGUUUUGGUUUUGCCAUUUAAACCAUUAAACCUUUAUUCAUUUUUGUAUACCGGAAGAAGCAUGUUUUUACAAUGGUAAAGUUAUGGGCUAUGGUCAGAAACAGCACAUACUGUACUGUGAAUAAGUAUUUUCUUUGUUUUAAAUAAAGAAGAUGAAAACUAAGA